AUUCACGAGAUCCAAACGAAAAUAGGCGUACUUUUCUAAAUCCAAGAACACUUCCGUAGAGAAAAUCUGUUGCUUUGCUUAUACUUGUGAAAAAGUUUUCGCCGUCUGAGCCUCUUUGUACAAUUCCAAAAACCCACUUCUCCAAACCGAUCCAAUCCUAUAACCAACCAUAACCAUCCAACACAACAACUUCGUCGCCAAGGUUCAAUCGCAUCCCUUCAUCGUUCCAAUCAGCGAAGGGGAAGAGAUUUCACCGAAGACCCACAGAAUUCCGAUUCUGAACCCAAUCCCGCUUCAGUUUCCAAGUAUUUUCUCAGUUCAGAAGACGAAAUCAAUCUUCAUUUCAGUUUCGAUUUGGAUGUAAAGCGGUCUCGGCGGAUUACGAGUUUCUAUUCAUGAAUUUAGACGACGGAUCAGGGCCAGCACACAACUCUAUUGAGGUGAACACAGAUGCAGCAGAAGGAAAUGUGACUUUAGAGCCAUAUGUGGGUAUGGAGUUUGAUUCUGAAGAUGCUGCCAGAAAAUUUUAUGUUGAAUAUGCCAGACAGAUGGGUUUCGUCGUGCGAAUCAUGCAGCGGCGUCGUUCAGGAAUUGAUGGAAGAACACUAGCUCGGAGACUUGGAUGUAAUAAACAAGGUUUCUCUCCCAAUCACAGAGGUAUUUAUGGAUCAGACAAAAAAUCACGGCCUAGUGCACGAGAGGGCUGCAAGGCAACAAUUUUGGUAAAAAUGGAGAAGUCUGGAAAAUGGGUCGUUACAAGAUUUGUGAAGGAUCACAAUCAUCCUUUAGUUGCUUGUUCCAAUGGUUUCAACAAUUCGGGCGAUAAAGAUAAGAAGAUCGAGGAGCUUAAAAUGGAGUUGGAGCAUCAGGAGCAACUAUGCGUAGCGUAUCGGGAAAAGCUUUUCAAUUUCAUCACCAAGGUGGAGGAGCAAACAGAAGAAUUAUCUUCAAAAAUACAAGUGAUCAUUGGCAAUUUAAGGCAAGUAGAAUCUGGAACGCAAAAACAUUUUUCAUGUCGACAAUAGUAAAUAAAGCUUAAAGUGAAUAUGCAGAGAGUUGAAAGAUUGAGUCUCAAUAAUGUUCUUGAUAAUUUAGUCAUGUACAGUAGAGCCAUUUAUGUAUUGAACUGAAGAUCAGAGUCUUGGACUCUACUAUACCAUGUUAGAUGCACUGAAAGCAUUAUGAUUAAUGAAUCUCAUAGUGUUUUCUGUUCUA